CAAGCCAGACAGACAGCUGCUUCUUUUUGGUUUUAUGGAGAUUGUUUUGGCCGCCGCCGGUGUAGCGGCGUGAAAGUAGCGGUGGGCUUCCCAUCCUCCCCCCCGCCCACCCUCCUCCUGCUGCCUGUGAGCCAGCAGUCUUCUCUGAAGGAUAGCAAAAUUCAGGGCCAUCUGCAGUCUCAUACAAGCGUCCAGUGGAAUGGCUUGUAUUAAGUGUCAGUAAUGAGCAUGAUGCCUCUCUGCCACUCUGCAGUAAAACACAGUGAAUCAGGCAUGGAGAGGGAACAUUUUUCACCUGCUGGGGGUCUGAGGGUAUUUUUGCACUGGAAGGGUGAGGCAGAGGAACAAUACCAGACAUACAUCAAAGGGACACCUUGUGCUGAAGAGAUCUGCAUUGAUAUCGCACAGAAGAUAGGAAUCACACCAACCUGCUUCAGUCUGUUUGCACUCUAUGACCCAGAGGCUAAACUUUGGUUCCCUCCCAAUUAUGUCUUUUAUGUUGAUAGUGAUAUCAAGAUCACUGUGCAUUUUCGUAUGAGAUAUUAUUUCCGAAACUGGCAUGGGACAAAUGACAAGGAGCCAGCCAUAUAUCGCAGUAUUCCUCGCUCAGCUGACUCAGAGGACAGAUCAUAUAGGAGUGAACAAGGCAAUGCCAUCCUGGAUAAAUCAUCAUUUGCCUAUCUCUUUGAGCAAGGGAAAUAUGACUUCAUCAAUGAUAUUGUCUCCUUAAAAGACCUUCACACCGAACAGGAAAUUCACCAAUUUAAAAAUGAGAGCCUGGGAAUGGCUGUCCUCCACCUGUGUCAUCUUGCACUGAAGAAAGGCAUUUCUCUUGAGGAAGUAGCAGAAAAAACAAGUUUCAAAGAGUGCAUCCCACGGUCCUUUUGCCAACAGAUUCAGCAGAACAAUUAUUUGACCAAGUUCCGCAUGAAGAAUGUUUUCAAGAAAUUCUUGCAGCGUUUCCAGCAGCACACAUUGAGCACUGGUAAACUUACAGAACAAGAUCUCAUGCACAAGUACUUAGCUACUUUGGAAAACUUGGCUCCACGUUUUGGGACUGAGCUGUUUGCAGUUGUUUCACUGGAAACCGUUUCGGAUGGUGAGAAGGUGCCACUUUAUAUCAAUGGUGGUCAUAUGCAUUUGGAGAACUCCUAUUCCUCUUCUCAUGGUAGCAGGCCUGGCACACAUGAAGUCUGGGUCACAGGCAUUAAUGGGAUUCAGUGGCGGCCUAUCCCUGCUGAGAAACCACAAAGUCAGCCCCCCAAAAAUUAUUUUGGGAGGAAAGUCAAGACUAAGGAGCACAAGUCCAAGCAGUCCUACCAACCAGUGGAGCAACGUGAAGCUAAAUGGGCACACUUUUGUGAUUUUCAAGAGAUCACACAUAUUGUUGUCAAAGAUUGCAACAUCAGCAUCCAUCGCCAAGACAAUAAGUGUCUGGAUUUGACCCUGUCAUCCCAUGAAGCUGCUCUCUCCUUGAUUUCAUUAGUAGAUGGUUACUUCAGAUUAACAGCUGAUUCUAACCAUUAUCUGUGUCAUGAAGUUGCCCCACCACAACUCGUUAUGAGCAUCCAGAAUGGCAUACAUGGACCCAUGCAGGAAGAGUUCAUUCUGGCUAAGCUGAAGCGGGAAGGGCAGGAAGACGGCCUGUAUGCCCUCCGUUGGAGUGUCCUUGAUUUCAAUAGAUUGAUUCUAUCAGUACUGAAGAAUGGCCAAAGUACCAGUACCCAAGGUAAUGCAAACUAUAGACAGUUCCGGAUCCAGAGGAAAGGAAAUUCCUUUGUACUUGAAGGCUGGGAGCAAGAGUUUCCUAGUGUCCAAGAACUAAUGAAUGCUCUCAAAGGCUGUACUCUAAAAUCUGGAACUGACAUCUUCAGUUUGAAGAGAUGCUGCCUCCCAAAACCAGGAGAGAUCUCAGACUUGCUCAUCACACGAAAAGUGAAAGACAGCACAAGGCAGAUUCUGAAUUUAACUCAGCUGAGUUUUCAUCAGAUUCGGAAGAAUGAGAUUACACAGAGAGCACACUUGGGACAAGGAACACGAACCAAUAUUUAUGAUGGUGUACUUCAUGUAUGCAGUGGGAUGAACAGUGAUGAUGAGGCAGAGUAUUUUUCUACUGAGCAGAAUAACAAUAGCCGUGAGAUGCAUGUGGUACUCAAGAUGUUGGACCCAAGUCAUAGAGACAUUGCUCUGGCAUUCUUUGAAACAGCCAGCCUGAUGAGCCAGGUGUCCCAUAUCCACUUAGCCUUUGUUCAUGGGGUUUGUGUAUGGGGUUCAGAGAAUAUAAUGGUGGAAGAAUUUAUUGAGCAUGGUCCCCUGGAUGUCUUUUUGCGCAAUAACAAAGGCCGGAUAACAGUAGGCUGGAAAUUCACUAUUGCAACACAAUUAGCUAGUGCCCUCAGUUACCUUGAAGAUAAAAACCUAGUACAUGGCAAUGUAUGUGCCAAAAACAUCCUGUUGGCCAGGAAAGGUUUGGAAGAUGGCUUGCUGCCCUUCAUUAAGCUCAGUGACCCAGGAGUCAGCUUCACUGUGCUUUCCCAAGAAGAAAGGGUUGACCGGAUCCCAUGGAUUGCUCCAGAGUGUAUCAAAGAUGUAAACAACCUUAGCACAGCAGCUGACAAAUGGAGUUUUGGGACCACACUGCUGGAAAUAUGUUUUGAUGCAGAUGUGCCACUAAAAGAACGCACUCCUUCUGAGAAAGAACGUUUUUAUGAGAAGAAGCAUCAUCUUCCAGAGCCAUCCUUCAAAGAACUAGCUACCCUAAUCAGCCAGUGCCUAAACUAUGCUCCUGGAGAGCGACCCUCUUUCCGGACUAUCUUACGAGACCUCACUCAACUGCAGCCACAUAAUCCUCUUGACAUUAGCUCUGUGAAUCCUGCGUUCCCUGUAUCAGAUCCUACUGUCUUUCAGAAGCGCUACCUGAAAAAGAUUCGAGAUCUGGGUGAGGGGCACUUUGGUAAAGUGAGCCUGUAUUGUUAUGAUCCUGCCAAUGAUGGCACUGGUGAGAUGGUAGCAGUGAAGUCAUUGAAAUCAGGUUGCAGCCAGCAGCUCUUGACUAGUUGGAAAAAGGAGAUUGAGAUCUUGAAGACACUCUACCAUGAGAAUAUUGUAAAAUACAAAGGCUGCUGCAGCGAGCAAGGAGAAAGAAUUGUACAGCUUAUCAUGGAAUAUGUGCCACUGGGAAGUCUGAGGGAUUAUCUUCCCAAGCACAAUGUCAGCUUGGCCCACAUUCUCCUCUUUGCUCAACAGAUUUGUGAGGGAAUGGCUUAUCUCCACUCCUUGCACUAUAUCCAUAGAGACCUAGCAGCUAGAAAUGUGCUCCUAGAGAAUGAGAAUGUAGUAAAGAUUGGAGACUUUGGUCUUGCCAAAGCCAUCCCUGAAGGACAUGAAUAUUAUCGUGUCUGUGAAGAUGGAGACAGCCCCGUUUUCUGGUAUGCUGUGGAAUGCCUUAAGGAAUGUAAAUUCUAUUAUGCUUCUGAUGUCUGGUCCUUUGGAGUGACUUUAUAUGAACUGUUGACACGGUGUGAUUCAAGUCAGAGCCCUCCACAAAGAUUUAUUGAAAUGAUUGGAAUGACUCAGGGUCAAAUGACAGUGCUGCGGCUUAUUGAGUUGCUGGACAGAGGGGAAAGGCUGCCCAGUCCAAAAGACUGCCCUUGUGAGAUUUAUCGACUGAUGAAAAACUGUUGGGAAUCUGAAGCUUCAUUCCGUCCAGCCUUUACAAACCUAGUGCCCAUUCUCAAAGCCUUCCAUGAAAAGUACAAGACCCAGGCCCCUUCAGUUUUCAGUGUGUGUUGAUGAGAAUGAAGAGAUUUUGUACCAAAGACCAAAGUCUUAUUUGCACUCUAUGUCCUAGUGCUUACAUGUCUGGAAAGCCACAGUGCCAUGAAAGUUGCUUCCAAGUGACAGUGAUCUUGGAUUCUGACUUUUUCUGUUCUGCGCAGUGUCCCUGCAUUGUCUGAAUUUUUUUUGCACUUAUCAAAUGUGAUGGGGCAUCAGGAAAAGCCCAUCCAAGUUCUUUGUCUAACUGAAAGGCAGAAGCUGCUUGAGAAACUUUGCCCUUUGUUACAUCCAGCUGGGAUGCAAGUCAUUUGCAAAGUCUCAUUAUGAGAUUUUCUGGUAUAGGAAAAGAAGUUGGUAUCUAAUUCAUUUAAUGGACUCUUGGGCUUAUGAUCCGAUGCAGAGUAUGAAUCAGUAAUUCAAGGAACCCUGAAAAUGGAAUGCAAUAUUUUGACUUGCUAUUUGAAAAACCUGUUGUAUCACAUAGAACUGCUUACCAAACACAAUGAAAGGCAUCUGGCCUUUAUUUGCAGCAUCUUUACAAGGAAAUACAUUUUUCUAACGUGGCAUUUAUUCCUCAGUCACUCUUUUUACAUCUCUUUAUCACCUAUAGCAUAGCAUUAUUUGCACAUCUGCUUGUUAAGGGUCAUUCAUCUGCCUAUGUGAAGUCAGAAGCACCCAUAGUUGACUCAAUGCUGGAGAAGUAAAUAUCUGAUAAUGUAUGUUUCCAGAGAUUUUUGUUCCCAAAGAGCAAUCCUUACUGUCUCCCAGAUGGAUGAAUCAAGAAUCUUUAAAAAAAAAUGAUAUAAAACAAUUGUAUCUUUUUGGGGGCUGAAAACCAUUUCCCAAACCAUUAGUGGUUUGAAAUAACCAAUCCCCUGAUGUUUGUCAAUCAAAAACUUUGAAUUUAAAGGGAGGUGGAAAGAAACUAUAGGCCUUAAAAAUAUUGAAAAUGAAGACAAGAAAUGCCUUUUGGUCACUAACUAGUUGCUACCUUUUGACAUGUAAGCUUUAUGUAGCAAAAUAAAGGUGGCCUGAGCUGGUAAUCCCAAAUCCUGGGAAAAAAAACUAGCUGCCAUAUAACCUCAGAACAAUUGUGAUUUCUUUUCCCUGUUGUUCUAUAAUUUUGCUUCCUAAGUAAUUGAAACAAUUGUUUUCAUUGUGGAUCUUCAGGUUGCUCUCCCCAAAUUAUCUUUCAAAUGAAGUUUGUCUUUCAUUGAUGUGUAUCAGAAUUUGUUGGGAGUGAAACUGCAGGCUCUAGGUCAGUGGUAUUAAACUGGCGGCCUGUGGGCCGGAUAUGUCACACACAGCUAUGCCCACCCCAGCUCCAUGAAGGGGAAAAAUGUUGAGAAAUGUCACAUGAUGGAAACAUGAUCUGGCGAGUUUGACACCCUGCUCUAGAUGAUACAAAUCUUGAUGCAUUGCAGUCAAUACACUCAAUGCUUUUAGUACUGAUUUAUUACUAA